AAUAUAAAAAAUGAUAAAGUAAGUAGAACGGUUAAUCACAAGUAGACAGAUAUUCACAGCUGGAAUUUUUGUUAGAUGAAAAAUACAAAAUAUAGAUUUUUGAGGUGUCGUAAAAGUGAUUAAUGUAAGGAAAGACGACGACGAAAACCAAUAGCACCUGGCAAUAGAAAAAUAAGAGUAUUCCAAGAUAAUCGCCUUAUAGCCUAAAAUGGAAUUUUCAAAUGUUAUUAACCGCAGUGAACCGCAUCAGCGCACUAUAAUUCACAUAGACAUGGAUUGUUUCUAUGCCCAGGUUGAAGAAAUACGUGAUCCCACUUUGCGCUCACGACCCCUGGGAAUUCAACAAAAAAAUCUUGUGGUUACUUGCAAUUAUCUAGCUCGUGAAUUCGGUGUCAACAAAUUGAUGACCGUUGAGGAAGCACAACGUCUAUGUCCUACACUAACAUUGGUCAAUGGCGAAGAUUUGACACCAUAUAAACAAAUAUCUCAGCGUAUUUUUGAUGCACUUUUGACUUUUACACCAUUGGUGGAGAAAUUGGGUUUCGAUGAAAAUUAUUUGGACGUAACAGCCCAAGUGUGUAAUCGUAUAGAAAAAAACCAAUAUGAACAUGUCGAAAGUUCUGCUAUUGCCUCCAGCAUAUUUCCCAAAAUCGAAGGUCAUAUAUAUCCGGAAAGUGCUAACCUUUCGCAAAGCUGUGAAUGUGGUUGCGCACAGCGAUUAGCAGUGGGUACACAAAUUGCUAAAGAAAUACGUUUUGCUUUGCAUAAACAACUAAAUGUCACAUGUUGUGCUGGGGUAUCGUAUAACAAACUGUUGGCAAAAUUAGUAGGUUCUCAACAUAAACCCAACCAACAGACUGUUCUAUGUUCAAACUAUGCGGACGAGUUUAUGCGUUAUUUGAACAGUUUGCAUAAAGUUACUGGUAUCGGACAAAAAACCGAAUCACUGCUUCUUGAAAGUGGUAUUGCUAACAUUACUGAAUUGCAAAUAUGUAACAUGGAGUCGCUUCGAAAAAAAUUUGGCUUUGAAACGGCUACAAAAUUGAAAGACUUAUCAUUUGGAAAAGAUAUGAGUUCAGUGCGUCCAUCCGGCAGACCUAAAACAAUAGGGCUCGAAGAUUCUUGCCGACCGAUAUCCGUGCGAAGAGACGUUGAAGAUCGUUUUCGCUUAUUGCUUAUGCGUUUGGUGGAACAGGUUGCAGAGGAUGGCCGUAUACCAAUUGCCAUUAAAGUGAUUUUACGUAAAUUCGAUCCUCAGAAAAAAACAAGUCAUCGAGAAACUAAACAAGUUAACAUUUUGCCUUCGCUAUUUAGAUCACAAACAGGAACGGAAAGUGGUGGACCAAAGGUGGUACUCGCAGAAGGCGCACAAGAAAAGUUGCUGAAGAUUAUAUUACGCCUGUUCGAACGCGUUGUUGAUCUUACUAAACCCUUUAAUAUUACUCUUAUCGGUCUGGCGUUUUCAAAGUUUCAACAAAGAAAACUUGGUUCAUCGUCCAUUGCAAAUUUCCUAAUUAAAAAAACUGAUUUAGAAGUACAGUCCAUAACUUCACUGACAAACAUUGAUGUACCCACAUCAUCAGAGAGUCCAGCUGCCCCAAUACCUUCACCAAAUAACGACGAAGCAUUUCGUUCGUCACCCACAACAUUUCAGCCAAGUGAUCAGUUUUAUCGUCGACGAGCAACUGCUGCUUCACCUAUACCAAUGCUUAUUGACAAUGGUUCUGAAUCUGCAGCAACUAAUUCGGAUUUCUCAGAUUUCUCUGAAACUGAAAUUGAACCUUCUCCAAAAAAGAGUCGUAUUGGUCGUUUAUUAAUGGCAAAACGACGAUGUUUAGGAAAUUCAUCCAUGUGUACUGACACUGCUGACGUCGCAUCCCCAAGUAAACUUCGUGUUUGUGAUUUGCGUUUAAAUUCACGAGAUAGUGAAAAAGAUUUGAUUACAAGUCCAUCAAACAUUCCAACAAGUACUAUCAGCUCAGCGCCUUCGGUAGUAUCCUCCACUGCAACAACAGCAUCGACUACAUGUACACCCCUGCAACGAUUUCGAACGAUACAACCUCCUUCGUCAUUACUUAUGAAAGUUAAUCGAUUGUCGGCAGGAAAUCGUUCUUUUACAACGCAAAGACAAAUAUCAUCGACGCCAUCAUCAACAACCUCAUCGCCAUUACCAUCACCAAUGGACGAAACGGGUAGUACAGCUAGUACACCGACAAGUUGUGACAUUCCUACAAUAACACAGACUUCUGACUCAAUUCAAUCUACUCACUUAAUGUUGGGAUAUCUUGAGGAUAUAUCAACAGCAUCUGAGGCAGUUCCAACAACUACGAACACUACUACCAUCACUGGAAAUGUCUCCAAUAUUCCAUGCCCGGCUGGUGUGGAUACAACUGUAUUCAAUGAGUUACCAUUGGAUGUUCAAAAUGAAUUGAUUGAAUCUUGGCGCAGUUCUCUAGCUGCUGCUGCAGUUGCCGUGGCUAAUGGCAAUAUUAGAUCAACGAGUACUAAUAUCCCCUCUGGUACAGCUCAUACGAAUCAAUCAGCAAGUGCUGUCACAGCUAAAGCUGGUGGUGCGGCUACCAAUAGCAGUGGUGCCCAGAAAAAUACCCUAUAUCGGUAUUUCCUUAGAAAUAAGGUUCUUAAUUUGGCGCAGUGUAACAAUAGAAACCACGCAUUAUUGACGACACCAAACCUUCUCAGUACUCAAAACCCACCAGCUAUUGUACAUCCAAUGCAGAAUGAUCAAGAAUGCAGAAACUUUGUUGUAAAGUUAAAACGACUGCCCGUUGAUAAAUACUCCAAAAUAUUUCCCCCGUUCAGUCUGAAUAAUGUGGCAUUGCAGGAACAAUGCUUAUCUAAUUCGGCUUCCAAAAAGCAAUUGCAAAUACCUACAGCUUUUAAAAAGGCAGCUAAUCUGAAAUGUUGUGAACGUCAAAACUUAACUGAGCCAGUAAUAAAUAGUUUGCCAAAAGGUUGUAAGCCAUUAAGAGUUAGGGUAAAAAGAAUUAACGUAGUAACACAUCAAAUAGAAAACCUUGAGCGAGAAAUUGUUCAAAAAACGAAAGUUUCCAGAAACGACGAAGAGAUGAAAACCAGAACUACAAUGAAGAAAAGUAUUCAUGAGAAGACUUGCAAAGAGUCUGGUACUUUUCCAAAACACAAUGUAAAACCGAAUGGAAUAAUGCCAUCAAAAAUUCAAACCGCCAAAGAAAACAUAAUUAUAGCAAAUGUUGUACUUACUCCGCAUCUUCGUAAAAGUUUAAAUAAGCUUAGUCUAUCGAAGUCUUCAAGUGACCGGACCACAAUAAACCACAAUUCUAUGAAAAACCGUAACAUUUCUCGUUUUACUAAACAUAAAGAAAAUUUGCCACAUUCCAACUCCAAAGGGGUAAGGUCUUCAAAAAAUUUAAUUAAUAACUCUGAUUUAAUAGAGCAAGUAAUUUGUUCCAAUGAUGAUUCCGAAGAGGGGCGCGACACAUCUAGCCAAGUCCAGUUAAAAAAAAAUUAUAAGUCAAGCCAUAAAUUUUUUCAGCGGACACCGGAGCAAAAAGUACUCUUAAGAACAAAAAGUACAACGUCACAAAACAUAUUCGAUUUUUUGUCCCAAUCCGACACUUCAGAAUCUGAGGUUGCAAAGCACCAAGAUCCUGCAGCGGAUGUAAUAAAAAAAUUAAUAUCUGAGGGAAAGGUAAGAGUGGCAACUAAUCAUAAAGGAACAGGACGACCUAUUUUAAAACGACGACGUUUAAUAUCUGGAAGAAAAAAAAAAGAAGCUAAUAAAAAUAAGACCUCUAAGGAAAAAGGGAACAAAUCAGUUAACACUGUUAACAAUAAGCCAUCAAAAUUAUUAGAAACAUUUGACAAUUAUGAUGUUGGAACCAUAUUACCCGCACCUCCUGGUUUUAUUGUAGAGGAUAAUUCUGUGGUUAAUAACGAGCAACAACAGAAUAUUCUUACAAAUGUCAUUUCAGGAACGGAUGAACAUAUACGCGAUAAAGGCUUUAGCCGAUUAGCACGCUCAGUGCUGUUGAAAGAAACAAGGAAAGUCGAAAACACUUACAAAAAAAAUCUUACUGAGCAACGUCGACUGCUAGAAGUUGCACGUAAAUUUGUUAGUACUCCGGCCGUGAAUAGUCAAAGUAGAGAUUUACCGACAUCCGAUUUAUCGCCCAUUAAAUUUCCCAGUCCACAAAAUCGUCCAGUGUGUCCCUCGCCUUGGAGGAUAAACGAUGAUUCGCACCUACCGUCAGUAUUUAAUUUCACCAAAAAUACGUCAUGCCUGCCAACAUUUUCCAGUGAUUAUAUUCCUCCUACACCGAAGAAAAACAAAUCUAAUGACUCACAAAUAUGUACUGUCUCCAAUAUAACUAUAAAAGACAAUUGCUCCAACGUAACAAGAAAUACGUCUAACAGUGUUCCAAGCGGUCAAUUGCCGAACUCGCUAGAGUCCAAAAAUGAUUCGAAUGUAGAAAAUAUGCCACCGACAGCUUUAACUGUGCCGAAUAACGACGAGAAUGCCUCCAUAUUCAAUUUGCGUCAGUUGCAUAAUCCGCGACGUACACUUAGAAAGCGAAGUCCUCUAAAAGCCAUAAAUAUAAUAGAAGUUGUAAGUCUGCCAUCAUGGAAAAAAACUGUGAAUGAUGAAGUAAUUAAAGAAGCAGUUACAACGGUUACUGGUGAUGUUACACAAUGUGCUAAUAACCAUGAAGAAGAUUUAUUCGGUUUUGAAGAAUUUUUAGAUCACAACUCUGACGGCGAUGAAGAGCCAAAUAAAACUAAUGUAAAGCCGCUUAAUCACAAUUUACACUCGAAACUCAAGGAUCUACAAAAAUGGCGACCCAAAAUCUCUGCUCAUAAUAAUAAUAGUGUUCCACCAAAAACCGAUGAUGUUUUCGGCAAUAAUGGCCCGAAACAACGGCUUAUUAAUGAAAUGCUUUGCUCUACCAUGAUUAAUAAUUUGAAUAAUGGUAAAACAAAGGUGCAACAAAAUAAUGAAACUUUUAAUGAUGUUUCGAUGUGUGACAAUGAUGAUCGUAAUAUGCAAUCACCGGGAACAGAUUUUUUUAAUGACUAUGAACCUGAACCUACUUUCCACAAAAAGAAGACACUGCGAACAUAUGUCCGCCCUGCCAAGAGGAAACGCAAAACGCGUAAAAAUUUCGUGAUGUUUGAAGAUAGUGAAGAAUCCAAUUCAGAUUCCGAAGAAGAGGAACUCAAGCAAAUGAAAGAUGGACCAAAGAACACACGACACGAAGCACAUAGUAAUGCCAAAAUGAAUACUGAAAUGGAAUCCUUUGUGAACGAAUUCAACAGCAUGUGUAAAGAUGUAGAAAACUACGAACUGCUAGUGGAAUAGUUUUUUCGCCUUUGCACAUACAAAUAUGGAUAAACGUACUUGCAAUUUUGUUUUUUUUUUAAUAAUAUAACAUUAGUUCUUAUUAUUUAGACAGCAUUAAUAUAAAAAUGUCAGAUAAAUUAAUUGAUGAGUUUGCCUUUCAAAGGUAUACUAUUUAUUUUUGAUAUCUUUUGUUUUGUAUGCUUCUAUUAUUUUGCAAGUUUUAGUUUGUAAUAUUGAAAAUGAUAGCGUCUAAUUUCUUAUACACACUUUACGUUUAUGAACUAUUUGUUUUAUUGAUUGAUUGAUUUUAAGUAAAAAGAUCAAAUAAAAUCAGAUAUCUAUAUAUAUAAAAAUUA